AAAAAGAGUUUGCAGGCUCUCUGAACAGUAGAGAAAAGACUGUAGCAGUUCAGGGGAGAAAUCAAAACAAAAUCACAAGUGCUGUCACCUAAUAUUGCAUAAUCCAUGUCUGUGUGUAUAUUUAAGUAGAAUUGGAAUGUAACUUCGUUAACUAUUACCAAGUGCUGACUACAGGAAACCACAUCAGCUGAGAGUAGCCCUUCACAUUUACGAUUUAGAAAUCUGAAAGAAUGAAGCCUAAAAUGAAGUAUUCAACCCCCAAAAUCUCCUCAGCAAAGCUGAGCAGCACAGUAGAUAGAACCUUGGUAAAACCCUGCAAGAUAAGAGAAUCCCAACAGAAGACCAAAGAAAUCUGCCAUGUGUAUUGUAUGAAGCUACGCUCUGGCCUUACCAUAAAAAAGAAGGCCUGUUACUUCAGGAAAGAAAUCACCAAACAUUGUUCACAAAAAACAGGUGGAAAGCACAAAGAAAUACAUCAGUUAUUUGCUGCCUAUCAACCUGCUAUGGAGCACUCCAUCUUUGAAAUAGCUAGGAUCCAAGAAAAUACUAGAGCACUUGACACAUCAAGUAUCAGAGAAUCUUUCGCUUCCCUGAGUACAUACAAUAAUCAACAUGUUCGUUUUAUUUGGGAGGAUGGAAAUUAUGUGACCAAUGUUGAAGACCAGCCAAAAGACCAAGAAAAAGACAAGGUAUUACUGCGCUACUAUGAGUCUCCAUACCCCUCAAGCGAAUCAGGUGAUGGUGUCGAUGGUAAGAUGUUGAUGGUAAACCUGAGUCCUACAAAAGACAGAGACAUCUUGCUUCAUGCCAACAACAAGGCGCAGUCUGUGGAGCUGCAAAAGUGUAAAACUCCAUUGCCAGACCAGGCCUUCUUUGUCCUUCAUAAGGAAUCCUCUGAUUUUGUUUCAUUCGAAUGUAAGAGUAAUCGUGGAAUGUAUAUAGGAGUCAAAGAUAAUCAGCUUGCUCUGGUGGAAGGAAAGAAUCAGACUAGUGAUAAUAUCAUGUUUAAGCUCUCCUUAAUGUAACAGAGACCUGCAGGAUCUGGUUUGGGCAACACAAAUGAUACCACUGGAGGACAAGAGUGAAAGAGACAGGCAAUAUCUAGGGGAAAUGGCUUAGAAUGCUGUGGAAUGUUUUAUUUACUAUGUGUACAAAUAUUUUUUCUAAUCCUUCAACUGUUUUCUUUUUCUUUGUAUCACUAUAUAUUCAACAACAUUAUGAGUUUAUAAAACAAGGUUUUGGUAAAAAGAUCUGCUUUUUGAAGAGAUAUAGGCUAACCUUUACUUUUUUCUAGAUUCAGUCCAGAAAGAAUUUCCACAUUUAGAGUUUACAUCUCUUUAGAGAAGAGUCCCUAACUCAAGUUGCUCUUUAAAUAGGGAUCCAUUUUAAAGAGAUACAUGGUUUUCUCUUAUUCCAAACAAUAGAUUCAAACACUAGAGCUGUUAAUAAAAAGAAUAAAUACUGCAUAGACUUACUAUUUAUCCACUAGAAUAAAACACUGAGUGUGUUUAUAAAUGCCCUAGGUAACACUCAGAUUGGCUCUUUUUGUGAAGAGUUAUGGCACUUCAAAUGCCUACAUGUUUAGGCAAGUAAUAUAAAGGAAAGGAUAAUUUGAAACUUAAGAAAAACAAAUCCAGUGUUGAUAAAAUGAACAAUUUUACCUCUGUUUCAUUUCUUAAAUUCUGAUUUAAUAUGAAAUAAUUUUUAUAGAGAGAGUUAACUUUAAACAAGGCCUUCCUACAUUAGAAAACAAAUUUCAGUUCACACAUGUAAUUGAAAUUAUUGGUAAUAUCUAACAAACUGAAACAUUUUCUUAAAAUACUAAGUUAUAGUAGAAUGGUUAGGGCAUUCAAGUAGCAUGGGAUCCAAAUACUAUAAUGAAACCAGAAGUCCUCUAAUUUACUAAGGCCCAAAAAAGACACAAAAUUAACAUUAAAAUUUCAAUAACUGGCUGCCAUUCACAUUUAUGCAUACUAUGUCCUUCGAAUCCUACCUUCCAAGAUCUAUGACUUUUGAUAUGCUCAUCACCUUGGGUAAAAUUUCUUCUAAUCCUUGCUUUCCAUAAACACAGCAGGUCUUUUUGUUGUUUAGCUUCUCAAUGACUCUGCUCGGAUGGAAUAUUCAUUUAACUCUGUCCUUUCUUCAGUUAUUUUAACCAAGGUAUCCUUUGGCACCAAUACCCCCACGUUCAUUUCCAUUUCAUCUGAACUCUACAUGCUUACCUUUAUUCUGCUUUGUGUACCUUACAAUGUAGAAUUUUUACAUAUGGUACCUAAUACUGUAGAACUUUUGCCUACUGAUGGCAAAAUUGUUCACUGAACAUCUUUGUGUUUUACUGUUACUAAGCUACUAAAAUUAAUGAUCAUAUAAUAACAUUUUGAACUAGUAAAUGAAUGGUUUUUGCUUAUUUCAAUCUUUAGCAAUUUCUAUUAUAAUUUUCCAUAGACAUGGCUUAUAAUUAAUGGCAAAUAUAAUAAUAGAAAAUUGAUGACAUGUAACCUUUGCUGAAAGUGGACUUUGAAAUUUCUAAUUCGUUGGAACCUAAUGGGUAUAAGAUAAAAGAGGCUGAGAAUCAUUGUAUAAAAAUUAUGCAACUGUAGAAUAAUAUAUCAUUGUUUCAUAAUUUGCUAAAACUUUACUAUAGAGACAAAAAUAAAAGAACCUAUAUCAUUUCCUUCAAAAAUAGUAAACAUUGUGUGCAUCUGUAUGAUAUACUUAAAAUAAUUAUAAACUAAAUAUGUCCAUUAUACUGUUUGUAAUCCUGAAUAAAACUGUACUUUUUAAAAGAA